UCCUGAUGGGUCAUUCGAAGCCAGGAGGUUGUCCCCCCAAAGAAGCCCCUGAUGGGGGCUGGGGCUGGAUGGUGCUGAUUGGUUGCUUCAUGAUCACCGGAUUCUCCUACGCCUUCCCGAAAGCCGUCAGUGUUUACUUCAAGGAGCUGAUGCACGAUUUCCACAUCGGCUACAGUGAUACGGCUUGGAUUUCCUCCAUUAUCCUGGCCAUGCUGUACGGCACAGGCCCCUUGUGCAGCAUCGUGGUGAAUCGCUUCAGCUGCCGUCCUGUCAUGUUGGUCGGAGGUUUACUGGCCUCCUCUGGAAUGAUCCUGGCAUCUUUCUCCGUAAAUAUCACGCAGCUGUACCUGACUGCUGGGGUGGUUACAGGUCUUGGACUCGCUCUGAAUUUCCAGCCAUCACUCAUAAUGCUGGGCAGGUAUUUCGAUAAAAAGAGGCCAUUAGCUAAUGGGCUAGCAGCAGCUGGGAGCCCAGUGUUCCUCAGUGCCUUGUCCCCAUUCGGCCAGGUCCUGCUGGAUUAUUAUGGCUGGAGAGGGGGCUUCCUCAUUAUGGGGGGGUUGUUACUCAACUGCUGCACAUGUGGAGCUGUGAUGAGGCCUCUCGAGAGUCUGACGCAGAACAGCAAAAACAAGUCUGAGGCCAAGGAGAUGCUCCCCACGACCAGCUUGGAGCUGGAGAAUUGUCAACAGGCAGUGACCAGAAACAGCACCAAGGACGGUGGCAGGAAGUCAGGAACAAACAAAAAAAGCUGGAAGCUCCUAGAUUUCAGUGUAUUCCAGAAUCGAAGCUUUGUCAUCUACACCAUCUCCAAGUUCAUCCUGGUUCUAGGCCUCUUUGUACCUCCAAUCAUGAUUGUUAACUAUGCCAAAGACAUAGGUGUCCCAGACACUGAAGCUGCCUUCCUGCUGUCUAUCAUUGGCUUCAUUGACAUCUUUGCUCGGCCAUUGAGUGGUGUCGUGGCUGGACUGGAUUUGGUGCGGCCUCGAGUUGCUUAUUUUUUCAGUUUCUCCAUGUUGUGUAAUGGACUGACCGAUGUGCUGAGUGCCAGAGCUGCCACCUACACCGGGCUGGUGGCUUUCUGCGUUUUCUUCGGGGUGACCUAUGGGAUGGUCGGAGCUCUGCAGUUCGAGGUUCUCAUGGACAUCGUCGGCUCCCAGAAAUUCCCAAGUGCCAUCGGCUUGUUGCUGCUCAUUGAGGCCUUUGCAGUGCUCAUUGGACCCCCCUCAGCAGGGCACCUGGUAGAUGCUUUCAAAAACUACAAGCUCAUCUUCUACAUGGCAGGCUCGGAGCUUAUUCUUUCAGCUGUCUUUCUGUUCGGAGCUUUCUACCUCUGCCUCAAACAAAACCAGCCCAAGAACAGGAAGGGACGGCAGCAAGCGGAGGAUGUGGAAGGUGAAACUGUGGCAAUGGGCGAGAACAGCACAGUGCAGGACUACACAGGGGAUCUGUGUGAGAGCCCAUUGGACGAAGGAUCCCUGGAGCAGAGCCUGAGCAGAGUUCAGAAGGACCAAAGGGAUGACUGUAAUGUGACAGAUGCAGACAGUGGAGAUACAGAAUGUUUUGAGCAACAUGAAAAGACAAGCUUAUAAAUAAAAGCUCAAGACAAAACAGGCAAGACUACCUCGGCCACUACCAGGGACAGGCUACAAAUUGGUGCAAAUAAAACAACUGAGGAAAACUAAUGGAGAAACAAAGGCUAGUUCUCUUCAUUCACCCAACUCUUCCAUCCCAUCCAUCUUUCUCACAUCUUCUUCAGUUUUCUGUUUCUCUCCCCUACUCAGUCAUUCAUGAUGGUAGGGUUCAUGAGUAAGUGCCUUCUAACCUCUCAAUCUCAACUGAAUUUCCCAUUGACUAGUAAGUCCCUCGUCUCACCAUUCAAUCCUCUGCCACCUUCCCAUUGAGGUCUGCUGCUGCCUUGGGUGGCUAUGCUGCCUGUCCGAUUACCCAAGUGUUCAAUGCCCCCUUCCUCACCUGCCCACGUUCAGUCCCUUCCCUCUCCUGUCCCGCAUCUCACUUUUCCAUUCAUUCAUUUCUCUUUCUUGCUUCAUUUGCAUCCUCACUGUAGUUUCCCCAUCUCUUCAUGUCAUCUUUUUCCUCUCUCUUUUCCUUCCUGGCCUUCUGUCCUUCUCUACUUCCUUGUUCCUCCCUCAUUUGCUUCCCCUCUCUUUACCCCCUCCCUCCCACUUCUUCCUGUCUUUACUCUCUCGCUUUCUCUUCUUUCUCCAUUUCUCCUGCACUUUAUCUUGCUUUUUCUUUCCCACUCUCCUGUUCACCCUCCCUCUCAUUUGCCCCUCAGCUCCUGACUUUUCACCUUGGCCUCAUGCUCUUUCAAAUUCUCUCAAUUCCAUCUCUCUCAACUUCCUUCACUCCCCCCAGCACUUUACCUUCCUUCUGGAUCCCUCACACAUUGGUCUUCAAUCUGUCAGUUUCACAUCGAUACACAUGACCCUCACCGCAACGUUAUAGCUUUGAGUUAGAGAGAGUCCAACUGGUGGAAUUUGUCAGUGAUGUUUUACAACAAAUAGCUGGAGAGAAAAGAAAUAAAAUUGCAUCAGAAAAAAGGAGCUUGUGAAAGUCCAUUGAGCAGAUUUCGGUAAAUCGAACAAUAGAUGGGCUAAGAUUGUACCACCACAGUGUAACUAAUGAGCCUUGUGUAAUGUGACGAGUGAACGUGAGACAAUGUGUGGGUGUUCAGGAAUGUUAGAGUCAGUCAGCAGAUGUAAACGUACCAGUGUGAGAAGCUGAGUGUGGAGAGUGAGAAUGGUGUGAGAGAGGGUGCAUGCAAAUUAGGGUAUAUGACAGUGCGUGUGAAUGAAGGCAAGUGAGAGAGAGAGUGUGAACAAGAAUGUAUGUGAAUAAGAAUGUAUGUGAAUGAAUUUGGGUGGCACAGUGGUUAGCAUUGCUGCCUCACAGCACUAGGACCUGGGUUCA